AACAAAAGAAGCACGUAUGAACAGCAGGUUUGAAUUUUGAGCUUUGAAGAAUGGAAAAUCAAAUCAUGUUGCCUGUGCUGCUUUUGGGGAUGAUAAUAGGCACAGUGACUCCUCAGACUUCAGGACCCCUCUACACAAUAUCUGGAACUACAAGUUCUCGAUCAGAUGAUGGAAGUUCUCCACAGAUUAACCUGCAGCGUUCAUUUUCUUUCUUUGGACAGACGUAUAAUCAGAUUUAUGUCAACCACAAUGGACACUUGACCUUUAACUCACCAUGGUCCAGUUACUCACCUCAGAGGUUUCCACUGCAUGGAUCCAGAGAUGUCAUCGCUCCACUCUGGGUAGAUUUAGACAACAGAGCAAAUGGUCAGGUCUACUACAGCCAAUACACCAGUGGAAGUGUUCUCCAACAAGCUACACAAGAUAUUAAUAGAUACUUCCCAGGGUUGAACUUCAAUGCCAACUGGGUCUUUGUUGCAACAUGGUAUGAAGUGGCCUACUUUCCAACAACUGGAACGCGAACAACAUUCCAGGCUGUCUUGAUCUCUGGUGGCCAGUACUCGUUUGUGCUGAUUAACUAUGGCGUAAUAGCAUCAACAAGUAGAUCUAUUCAGGCUGGAUAUGACACAGUCAACUCUAGACAACAUUUUUCCAUCCCUGGAUCCUUUACAAGCAGUGCAAGUGGCAUUAACUCUGCCUUCCGUCUGGGCAGCAAUGUCAAUGUACCCGGUCGCUGGGCUUUCCGAACAGACCAUGGAGCAAGAGGCUGCCCUAUCAAUGGUCAAACAGUGCAGCUUGGAGACACAUUCUGGAGCGACAGCACCUGUGCACAGAAGUGUACCUGCACUUCAGCAGGCCUGCAGUGUCACAGCGAACCCUGUUCAUUUUCCAAAAUCUGCCGGGAAAGUGCCUUUCUGUUCUCCUGCCAGACGGUGCAGAGACGCACCUGCACCAUAAGUGGUGAUCCACAUUACUACACCUUUGAUGGCACAGUGUUUCAUUUUCAGGGCACCUGUACUUAUGUUCUCUCCGAGCAAUGCGGUCAAGGGCUGCAGUACUAUAGAGUAGAGGGCAAGAAUGAGCACCGAGGAAGCACUCGAGUUUCCUGGACACGACUGGUCAAAGUGUAUGUCUACAAUGAAACCAUUGAGCUUGUCAAGGGACGUCGCGGCGAAGCUAAGGUUAAUGGGAACUUUGCAGCCACUCCGAUCUCCCUUAGUAAUGGCAAAGUCCAGGUUUAUGAGUCAGGUUUUUCUGUAAUCGUCAGUGCUGACUUUGGCUUGGAGGUAUCUUAUGACACAAAUCAUUAUGUCAGGAUCAGUGUUCCCUACACUUACCAAAAUGCAAUAUGUGGCCUCUGUGGAAACUUCAACAAUAUUCCUGGUGAUGACCUGCGAACCCGCCAAGGUGAGGUCGUGAGCUCUGAUGUUGUUUUUGCCAACAGCUGGCAAGCAUCAGGGGACGAUGAACCUGGUUGUGGGGCCCGAUGCGGAGGUCUGGACUGUGCUGCCUGCACUAAUAAUCAGAGAACUUUAUACAGCAAUACUGCCCAUUGUGGUAUCCUCCAGAGCGUAUCUGGACCUUUUGCUGCUUGCCAUCAACGAUUUCCCCCAGAGACCUUUGUGCAAAGCUGUGUGUAUGAUCAGUGUGUAGCAGGAGGGUACCAACCCGUUCUGUGCCAAGCCCUCAAUGCGUAUGCCAGUCAGUGUCAACAGAAUGGUAUACAGCUUGGCAGCUGGAGAAGACAAGGUUUCUGUGAAAUCCCUUGCCCAUCCAACAGCCACUUUGAGUCCCAAGGAACAGGAUGUCCAGCUACCUGUGUCAACCCCAACUCUACCCAGAACUGCCCUCGACCCAACCAGGAGAGCUGCAUCUGCAAUUCAGGCUAUGUCCUUAGUGCUGGGGUCUGUGUCCCUCGUUCUGAGUGUGGCUGCAGCUUUGAGGGUCGCUACUACCGCUCUGGGGAAACAGUACUCCUAGACAAUAACUGUGGAAGGCGUUGUAGCUGUAGUCAUGGCUCCAUGACUUGCCGGUCUCAUGGCUGUGGUGCACUAGAGUCUUGCAGGGUGGUGGAUGGAGAAAGAGGCUGCAGACCUAACAGCUAUGCAACAUGCUGGAUAAGGGGCCCAGGGUCAUACCACACGUUUGAUGGAGUGACAUACCAAUAUCCUGGUGCAUGUCGAUUGACCCUUGCCAAAGUGAUGGGACUGUCUAGUCACCCGCACUUUAUGGUGACAGCAGAAAAAGUGCCCAGAGGCCAGCAGGGUUUUGCCAGGGUGCUAAAGUUUGAGGCAGAGGGAACGCAAGUCUCCAUUGAAAUGACAGGUGGCAGCAGAGUUCUGGUUGAUGGUCAACAGAUCAGACUACCAUUCAGCUUAGCAUCCAACCGAAUCCAAAUCUACCACAGCAGCAUUCACAGUGUCAUCCUUCGCACCGCCUUUGGUGUAACUGUGCAGACAGUUUGGCCUCACUAUGUGCGUGUCACUGCACCUGGUAUCUACACUGGCUCACUAGGUGGACUCUGUGGUAAUUACAAUGGUCACCCACAUGAUGACUUCCGAACGCCCAACGGCAUCCUGGUCAACAGCUCUCAGGUCUUUGGGGACAGUUGGCGAGAUGGUUCCCUUGCUGCACACUGUGUGGACAAUGUAAAUCGAAAUUCUCCAAGAAAUUACAACUCAAGUGAGUACUGUGGUACUCUUACAUCCCCCCAUGGACCAUUUGCCCAGUGUUGGGCCACAGUGGACCCACAGCAGUAUUUCGAUUCAUGUGUGGACAUCACCUCCAGAGAUCCAGCAUCAGCGCAAUGUGAAGUCCUAAGAGAUUAUGCACUAAUGUGUCAACAGAGGGGUGUUGCUCUUGGACACUGGAGGAAUGUAACUGGCUGUGAUCAAAACUGUCCUCCAAACAGCCAUUAUGAACUCUGUGGAAGCUCUUGUCCUUCCGCCUGCCCCAGCCUCUCUUUCCCUUUCGCCUGUGCCGCUGUGUGCCAGGAAGGUUGCCAAUGUGAUGAUGGUUUUGUCCUCAAUGGCAACCAGUGUGUGCCACCAACAGCCUGCGGAUGCUAUCACCAAGGACGCUCUCGGCGAGGGGGUGAACAGUUCUGGGAUGGUGAGGAAUGUCAGAGCUUGUGUACAUGUAAUGGCACUACUGGGAGAGUCCACUGUAGCCGCAACUCCUGUGGUCCCCAAGAGUCCUGUCGUGUGGUAGAGGGUGAGUUUGGCUGCCACCCCAACCCUCAUGGCACCUGUUCUGCCUCUGGUGACCCCCACUACCUCACCUUUGAUGGCAAGGCCUAUGACUUCCAAGGAACAUGCCGCUAUGUUUUGGUGACCCUUUGUAAUGCCACUGAUGAUCUCCACCAGUUUUUAGUGGAAGCAAAGAAUGAGCCAUGGAGUGGGUUGCCAGUUUCAAUCACAGCAGAAGUUUUUGUGAAUGUGUGGGGCUAUCGAGUACGUAUGUCAAGGCACAACCGUGGUGUGGUAGAGGUAAAUGGAGAAACAAAAAAUGUGCCAAUACUUUUGAAUGGCGGUCGUGUGUCCAUCUUUGCAAGUGGAUCUCGCACAUUUGUCAGCGCGGACUUUGGCCUGAGUGUCACGUACGAUGGAUGGAGCACAGUGUCUAUUUCUGUGCCCUCAAAUUACAGCGGACAUACAUGUGGACUUUGUGGAAACUUCAAUGGAAAUCAAAAUGAUGAAUUCCACACCCCAUCUGGAAUGACUGUCACCACUCCAAAUGAGUUUGGGACAGCUUGGAAGGUGGCCGGCAACUACACCUGCAGUGAUGGGUGUGGCUCCUCCUGCCCACGAUGUACCAAUGAUCUGCCUGCUAGAGCCCAAUGUGAAGUCAUUCAAGCAGCUGACGGCCCCUUAAGCUUCUGCCAUGAGCAGGUGGACCCGGCACCGUAUUUCAGUGACUGUGUGUUUGAUGUUUGCGUGUCAGGAAAUCGUGGCCAAGAUCUUCUGUGCAGAGCCAUUCAGGCAUAUGUCAGUGCCUGUCAAUCUGCUAAUGUCCGAAUCUACCCAUGGAGACAGAACACCACCUGCAGACUUGACUGUCCAGCCAACAGCCAUUAUGAGCUGUGUGGUACUGACUGUGGCCACACCUGCGCCAGCAGCGUUGAUGCCACCUGUGAGCAGGUUUGCUCUGAGGGAUGUUUCUGUGAUGAAGGCUUUGCCAAGAGUGGAGCAACAUGUGUGCCUGUGGAGAGCUGUGGCUGCCAAUAUGAUGGAUUCUACUAUAAUGCUGGUGAAUCGUUCUGGACUGAUGGUUGCUCCCAGCGAUGUGAGUGCCAUGCUCCCAAUGACCUGCGCUGUUCUGCUGAAUCUUGCACUCCUGUACAAGAGUGCAUCAUCAGGGAUGGCCAGCUGGGCUGUUUUGAUGCAAUGACUACCUGCACUGUGUGGGGGGACCCACACUACGUCACCUUUGAUGGGGCACUGGCUCAUUUCCAGGGCACAUGCUCUUACAUCAUCACAGAGAGUGUGAGCCACCGUGACAAUGAAAUCCAGUUUCAGGUAGCAGCCACUAAUAAUCACCGUGGCAACAACCGUGUGUCGUUCGUAUCAGCGGUGGAUAUAUACCUCUCAAAUCAACCAGAGAGUGCAUACAUCAGGAUUGGACCCAACAAAAGAGUCCAGGUAAAUGGAAGUGAGGUAUCUCUGCCCACCGCUGCAGGAACCUUAGCUCAGGUGGUAAGGCAAGGAAGUUACAUAGUGGUUGAUGCUGUUGAUUUCACAGUCCAGUUUGAUGGUCGGAGUACAUUACUGGUUAGAAUGCCUCAAAAUCGUAGAAACAGAGUCAAAGGGAUGUGUGGAAACUUCAACAAUAACCCUGCAGAUGACAAGGUCUUGCCCAAUGGCACAACGGCACGAAAUGAUAAUGACUUUGGACACAGCUGGAAGGCAUCCACCAGCCAACCAGGAUGUGGAUCCACAGAUGAAAGGAAUGGUGAUGGAUUGAAUGACUGUCGCUUUGUGGAAGAAUACUCUGAGCUCUGUAGCGUCAUCACCAACACUAGUGGUCCAUUCAGCGACUGUCACCUGCACUCUGACCCCCGGCCAUUUUUCAGUUCCUGUGUCUACGAUCUCUGCCUCUACACUCCAGCUAAUGGCAUGCUGUGCUCUGCUAUCUCAGCCUAUGAGAGAAUUUGCUCUGUUUUGGGGCUGAACAUCACCGAGUGGCGCUCGGAUUUGCGGUGUUCUGAGUCAGACCCCUGUGAGCAGCUGAACUGUACAGAGUAUGAGUGGUGCGGCCAGAAAGACGGUGUUUACGGCUGCUUUUGUGACGAACAUCACCAUCGGCGCAACAAUGAAAGUUACGACUCGUCCAUCACUUGUGUCAGUAGUUCAGGCACUAUGUCAGUGUCACGCUGUCAGUUGUUUGAAGCUGGCUUCCACUCUAGUGCCCUUCAUCUCCGGGAAGAGUCCUGCACAGGGAAUCUCCAGGACGGACGACUGAUCUUCAACUUUGACAAUGAUGACCAGCUGUGUGGGACAGUUCUCAGGAGCAAUGGAACCCAUUUCAUCUAUGAGAACACCAUCCAGGGCGACGUGGACCCCCAUGAGGGUCUAAUCAGCCGCCAGAGAAACAUUCAUCUGCGCUUCUGCUGUGAAUACCCUCUGACCCAGGCCCUGUCUAUGGCUGUGGGCAUCAACCCAGUAGAGAGCAUUGUGAGUAAGAAGCUUCCCUCUGGCCGUGGACAGUUUCACACGAGGAUGAUCCCCUAUGAGGAUGCUGGCUUCCGCUUUCCCCUGACCAGUAACACCAACAUAGCAAUGGAAGUUGACGAGAGGUUGUAUGUGGAGGUGCGCACAGAAGGAGUCGAUCAACGGCAGAUCUCUACCAUUCUGGACUCUUGUUGGGCAACGCCAGUGAACCUCGCGGGCUACCCUGUCCGCUGGGAUCUCAUUACUGAAGAGUGUCCUAAUCAGGAAGACGGGACUGUAGACCUGGUACAGAAUGGCAUCUCCACUGUGGCCCGAUUCUCAUUCAGGAUGUUCACCUUUACCAACUUUUCAUCCAUCUACUUGCACUGCCAGGUCCACCUGUGUCUUCUGAGACACAACAACUGCUCCGCUCAUUGCUACCCAGGUUACCACAGGCGAGUUGAGAGGGACGUAUCCUACCAUGCCUCUACAGACAUCUCAAUUGGACCACUAGUCAUGAAGCGAGAUACCACAGCUCAUGUACUCAUGGUAAAGAGCAGUGCUUCAGGCCUGUUGACCUCUGUGGUGACCCUGAUAGUCAGUUUGCUGACUGUCAAAACUCUGACCUAGAGAGAUGGAAGAUAGGCACAACAGAUCAAGGGAUAAAUAUUUGUAAGCAGUAGUUUCAUGGUUUAUUUUACUCUUUGGUGAUCUUAUAGUGGAAUGGGAUACUUUUCAUGUGAUGUUUCAGGUAUAUAUGUUACAGAAUACUGGGAAACCAAUUGCUCUUGAUUCGUGUUCGUCUCUGAGUGGUCUUGUCUGAAGUUGUGGUUAAAAUAUUAAAGGGCAAUAUAGAUUAAAUACACAUGUUAGCCUUUUUGUAUUCAGUAAUUGUAACGUAAUUACAGUGGUUUUAUUGGUAUUUAAUCAAUAUGUUAUUAUCUAAUCAUUAAUAAUGAAGUUGAAAAUUAUAAAUGAAGUAAAUGUGUGUGUGUGAAAUCUGAAUCCUCAGUAAACCACUGAGUAUACUCUACCUUUACAUUUUGAUUGUGUUUUGGUUUGAGAGGUAUUGUCCUGGGAGAUAUGUGUUUUGUUAAUUUGGGGUUAGGUGAAAAGCAAAAGUAUUGUUGUUUUACAAGCAAUGUGCAGCCUAGUAAAGUUGUGCAGAAGUAAAGCAGUAAAGUCACUUUGCCUUUGUUGUUUUCACUGUAUAUGACAUUCAUUGUAACAUUAAUCAUUCAUAUGUUUCAUUUUUAAUUUCUGUCUUAUAGAAGUAAUCAUGUAUAAUGAAGGUUAAAAGCAUUAAUAAAGAAUAAGGUAUUGGAAUAUGAA